CGCCUGAGAGCCGCAGCGAGCAGCAGCGUCUGCCACCGCCGACGUCAUGGGCUGCGGACAGAGCACCGACUCGGCCUUCUCCAACCGCGGCUCCAUCUCCAGCUUGAAACCGUACCCGCAGCAGAGUUCCGUGGAAGACUCGGGUGCAGCGCAUGGAAAUGGUGUCGGACCUGAGCCGGUGGUGGACCGCGAGACGGUGGAGGAGUACCUGCAGACGGAGCGGGAGAUCGGAGAGGCGCGUCGCGCGGACCCGCAAGUGCUCUCCCAGCUGGAGAUGAAGACGGAGGCGCUGGACAAGAUGACGCAGAAGGUGGAGCGGCUGGAGCGGGAGUAUGGUGACCUGCAGGCGCUAGCAAAAGAUGGGGACCAGUCGGACACGAAAAAGGCGCUGGUUGCCAUCAAGCGGGGUGCUCGCGCCAGCACGGCUGAGGAGGAACGGGUGGCCGGGUGCAAUAACAAGGAGAUAGCGAAACAGGCACGUGACGAGGCUGUGAGGCAGAAGGAGAACAUCCAGAAGGAGGUGGACCAGCUGCAAAGCAAGGCGGCUAGGCUGCAGAACCUGUACACCAAACAAGACGCCCUCCUAAGUAAAAUAUUCGGCGGAGAGUACGGAAGUGACUUAGAAAACAAACUGGAGGAGGAGCUGGACGCCCUGGAGGCUCAGAAGGCCCGAAUCAUGGAGGCCAACUUCAAGGAAGCCGGUGGGUCCGAGAACCGCUGA